AUGGAAAAAUGGUACUUGAUGACUGUAGUGGUCUUAAUAGGACUGACAGUACGAUGGGCUGUUUCUCUUAAUUCAUAUUCAGGUGCUGGAAAACCCCCUAUGUUUGGUGAUUAUGAAGCUCAGAGACACUGGCAAGAAAUUACUUUUAAUUUACCAGUCAAACAAUGGUAUUUUAACACCAGUGAUAACAAUUUACAGUACUGGGGAAUGGAUUACCCACCUCUUACAGCUUAUCAUAGUCUCUUAUGUGCAUAUGUGGCAAAGUUUAUCAAUCCGGACUGGAUUGCCCUCCAUACAUCACGUGGAUAUGAGAGCCAGGCACAUAAACUUUUCAUGCGUACAACAGUGUUUGUUGCUGAUUUGCUUAUUUACAUACCUGCAGUGGUUUUGUACUGUUGUUGCUUAAAAGAAACAUCACCUAAGGGAAAAAUUGCUAAUGCAUUAUGCAUAUUGCUGUAUCCAGGCCUUAUUCUUAUCGACUAUGGACACUUUCAGCACAUAUACAAUUCUGUGAGUCUUGGCUUUGCUUUGUGGGGUGUUCUUGGCGUAUCUUGUGACUGGGAUCUGCUAGGGUCACUGGCGUUUUGCUUAGCUAUAAAUUAUAAACAGAUGGAGCUUUACCACUCCUUGCCAUUUUUUUGCUUUUUACUUGGCAAGUGUUUUAAGGAAGGCCUGAAAGGAAAGGGGUUGGUGCUGUUAAUUAAGCUGGGUUGCACUGUUGUGGCCUCCUUCGUUCUCUGCUGGCUGCCAUUCUUUGCAGAACGAGAGCAAACCUUGCAAGUUCUAAGAAGACUUUUCCCCAUUGAUCGUGGAUUAUUUGAGGAUAAAGUAGCUAAUAUUUGGUGUAGCCUCAAUGUCUUUCUGAAGAUUAAGGAUAUUUUGCCCCGUCACAUCCAAGUAAUAAUCAGCUUUUGUUUUACAUUCUUGAGCCUGCUUCCUGCAUGUAUAAAAUUAACACUUCACCCUUCUCCUAAAGUAUUCAGAUUUACUCUGGUUAGCUGUGCUCUGUCAUUCUUUUUGUUUUCUUUCCAAGUACAUGAAAAGUCCAUUCUCUUGGUAUCAUUACCAGUCUGCUUAGUUUUACAUGAAAUUCCUUUUAUAUCGACUUGGUUUUUGCUUGUGUCAACGUUUAGUAUGCUCCCUCUUUUGUUGAGAGAUGAACUCCUGAUGCCUUCGCUUGUGACAAUGAUGGCAUUUUUUAUAGCUUGUGUUACUUCCUUUUCAAUAUUUGAAAAGACUUCUGAAGAAGAACUGCAGUUGAAACCUUUUUCCAUUUCUGUUAGGAAAUACCUCCCAUGUUUUAAAUUUCUUCCCAGAAUUAUGAAACAUUUGUUUGUGAUCUCAGCAGUUGUGAUGGUCCUUCUGACUCUGAUGUCUGCCACACUGGACCCUCCUCAGAAACUACCCGACUUGUUUUCUGUGCUGGUGUGCUUUGCAUCUUGCUUACACUUCCUGUUCUUCUUGGUGUACUUUAACAUUAUAAUCAUAUGGGAUUCCAGGAAUGGAAGGACUCAGAAGAAAAGCAACUAG